CAGUUUGUAUGACUCAUGUUUUUAAUCCUAAUAUUUGUCAUCAUUUUGCAGAGAAAAAAUACAAAGAGAGCUCCAAAUUUUCGCAGGCUGUUAAAAACAAGUAAUGUCAAGCUUGCAAAUAAAUUGAAGAAUAAACAGUAUAAGCAGCAAAAUGUGGCAAAGAAAUACAGGAAAGAACAGAAACAACUUCGACAAGCUGCACGGGAUGUUUCAGCUAAAGUACCACAACCAUUGGACCAGCCAAAAAGAAAAAGACCAGAUGACGAGUACGAAAUGGAAGAGGAGCAUCUUCCUCUAGAUAUGCUGGAUGAUGAUGACCUGGAAUAUAUGCAAAGUGUGGGUGGAAGUGCAUUGUUUCUCACCAGAAAUCUUAAUUCAAGUGAGCCAAUCCAUGUCAAAAAGCGAAAAAAUGAAAAUAAGGUAGCGCAGUAUGAGAAAUUGCCAAGGCAUCUGGAUACCGAACCUGAUAAAGAACUUAUCCACUUAUUGCCUUUCAAGGAUAAACGAGGAAUCAUACCUCGAUCAGUAGAAAAGCCCGUUGCGAUGGAAGAAGAGAAAGAAGAAAUGCCUGAGGUAGUUCAACAGCAUGAGAAAGUUGCAGCAAUGGAGCCUCUUCCACUGUUGACCAUGGAGGAAAGAUUGCUGCUGAGAAGGAAGACACUGGAAGAUAAAAAAAUGCACAUUGCCACUUUAGGAUCAUCCAUCUUGAGUGCACCAGAUAAGAAUAUUAAAAAGUUGAAGGAGCUACGGUCGAUGUUAAUGGAAAAGGACCCGCAUGUUGCAGUAACAGUGAGAAAAUUGGUGAUGGUUUCUUUGUUGGAGAUCUUUAAAGACAUCACACCGUCGUACAGGAUACGGCCUUUAACUGAAGUUGAGAUGACAACCAAGGUUAGAAAAGAAACGCUAUAUUUGAGAGAAUUUGAAGAAGGAUUAGUGUGUCAGUACAAGUUUUAUUUGGAAAAUCUGGAACAGACUGUUAAAGACUGGAAGCAGAUGAAGACAAAGAAGAGUAAUGUUGUUUCGUUAAAAGCAUAUAAAGGCCUUGCAGAAGUGGCUAUCAAAUGUAUUUGUGAAUUGCUGCUGGCUUUACCACAUUUUAACUUCCAUAACAACAUAGCUGUCUUGGUUGUGCCACUUAUGAAUGAUAGGUCAAGGAAGAUUUCAGCAAUGUGUUGUGAAGCUGUGGAAAACCUUUUUAAGCAGGACAAAAUCGGCCAAGCUUCACUUUGUUUGGUCAAAAUAAUUUCUGGUCUUGUUAAAAGCAGAAGCUACGAUCUCAGACCUCAGGUGCUGAAAACAUUCCUUGCUUUGCGGAUUAAGGAAGUGGAGGUUAAAAAGGAUUCCGAGGAUAUUGCCCCUAAAAAAAGAUUCCUAACUUGCAAAGAGAAGAAGAAAAAUCUAUCUCGGAUGCAGAGAAAGGUAAUUGGAAAAAAAGCAGAGGAGAAACUUGAGAAAGAACUUCUAGAAACAGAAGCUGCAGAAAGUAAAGACAAAAAAUUAAAAUUGCACACUGAAAUCCUAAACAUUGUUUUUCUGACAUACUUCAGAAUCCUGAAGAAAGCACAAAAAUCUGCUGUUCUUCCUGUUGUCCUGGAAGGCCUUGCCAAAUUUGCUCACCUUAUUAAUGUGGAGUUCUUUGAUGAUCUUCUGGUGGUACUGUAUUCUCUCAUAGACUCUGGGAGUCUUAACUACAGAGAGUGCCUUCACUGUAUUCAAGCAGCCUUUCACAUUCUUUCUGGUCAAGGCGAUGUGCUGAAUAUUGAUCCUAUGAAGUUCUACACUCACCUCUACAAAAUGUUGUUUGCCCUGCAUGCCGGAAACACAAAUGAAGAAGUGUUGAUAAUGCUGCAGUGUCUUGAUGUGAUGUUGACAAAACGCAGAAAGCAGGUUUCUCUGCAGCGUGCAUUUGCUUAUAUUAAACGUCUGACUACUCUUGCACUUAAUGUUCUACCGAAUUCUGCCAUUGGUAUCUUGGCAACUAACAGAGUAUUAAUGAAUUCAUUUCCAAAGAUGGAUAUUUUGCUCGAUAAUGAAUCUCAAGGUAGCGGACUUUACCUUCCAGAGCUCGACGAGCCAGAGUACUGCAAUGCGCAGAACACUGCUUUAUGGGAGUUGCAUUAUCUUCAGAGACAUUUCCAUCCUGUGGUGCAAAGGUUUGCAGCGCAUCUUAGUGUGGGUGCACCAUCAGAAGGGUCCGGAGCCUUGAGACCAGAACUAAGCAGAAAACAUGCUACAGAGCUAUUUGAAGAGUUCAGCAUGAAAGGAAUGACCUUCAACCCUCCAAUUACAUCUUCUACAUCAAACAAGAAGAAGCCCGCAAUGCAGUGUGCGUUCCUUGAUUCGGAGCUACAAAACCAGAUAAACCGGCUUCUUGAAAAUCCUCCCGACACCAAGGAGCUCAACUUUGUGGAAGAUUUGCAAACAGAGUCAUGCACAUAAUGGUGAUUUGGAGGCAAAGGUUCAAGGAGUGAUGUGUGGAACUGAAGAUCGAAGCAUCUGCAAGUUUGCUCUGGGGUUCACGGUUGUUUAUGAAAUCCAUGGUGAAUGUAUAUAUGUAAACACCUGAAUCUAGAAUAGCCUUGUGAAACCGGAUGAAAUGGCAAGAAAAACAGCGCAUGUAUAAAUUACAAAUAAAACAAGUGUUGCUAUAUCAUUUAUUGGACAAACACGAGAAUGGUGACAACUCAAAAUUGAAUUUUCUACAGAAUAGUAUAAAAUAUCUUGCCUUAAAUGUGACAGUAAAAUGCAACCUGCAGACAAAACUUUGUAAUAACUCAGAAUGUGGAUUUACUACUUUGAAAUAACACAUUUUUGACAUGA